UCAAUUUAAUUAGUACGAAUAUUUAGAUUACUACUUGAUUUGGUAAAAGGGAAAUGUGAAUAACUUUUAUGCCAGCUAAGAUCUACCCAUAUAUUCGUGGCGACCAAGUUUGCUCUUCCACCGCCCGAUUUAGCUGUUGAAUUCCUCAAUCUUCGCGUAUAAAUACAACAACCUACGACUCCAACUAUACCUGUCUCCCCCCACCAACCCAAUCUCCUCUACCGGCGGCCGGAAUCAACCCAAUUAACAAUCUUUGAAUUACCGUUUGUCAACCGAAAAUGUACGACGUAUCAAAAAUGCAGAGCACAGCAUCAACUUUAUUCUCGGCGUACGCUUCUUUAGCGGCGUCGAUGAUGCUUGUUCGGACCAUGGCUAAUGAUCUAAUACCCAAAUCACUCCUUACAUAUAUACACUCAGCUAUCAGUUAUCUCUUCACUCCACUUUCUACCCAACUAACAAUCAUCGUUGAUGAACAGUGUGGAAUGACCCGAAAUCAAGUUUACGAGGCCGCUGAAAUUUACCUCCGUACAAGGAUCGGACCCAACGCUGAUAGAGUCCGGGCUCACAAAACUCCCAAACAGAAAAACAUCAACGUGAGUAUAGAGAAGGAUGAGGAGAUCACUGAUGUAUACGGUGUGGUACACAUGAAAUGGAGGUUGGUCUCCGUUGAACCUCAGGAUAGACACGGGUACACUCCGGAAAAAAGAUUUUUCGAACUAAGUUUUAAUAAGAGGUAUAAAGAAAUUGUUUUGAAUGAAUAUUUACCAUUUGUAUUGACGAAGGCUAAAGAGAUUCAAGAUAAUGAUAGGGCUGUGAAAUUGUAUACGAGGGAUUGUCCUUGUGGUAGUGAUGAUGAUGGGUAUGGUGGUGGGGGUGGUGGGGUUUGGGGUUGUAUAAAUUUGGAUCAUCCUGCUACUUUUGAUACUUUGGCUAUGGAACCUGAAAUGAAGAAAAUGAUAAUUGACGAUCUUGAUAGGUUUGUGAAAAGGAGAGAUUUUUACAAGAAAGUUGGUAAGGCUUGGAAAAGAGGGUAUCUUUUGUAUGGACCUCCAGGGACUGGGAAAUCUAGCUUGAUUGCUGCCAUGGCUAAUUACUUAAAGUUUGAUAUAUACGAUUUGGAACUCACCAGUUUGUAUUCAAAUUCGGAAUUAAGAAGGAUCUUGAUAUCCACUUCGAAUCGAUCCAUUAUUGUGAUUGAAGAUAUUGAUUGUAGUGUGGAAAUGCACGAUCGAAAUCUUGGACAUCAGCCUUCUGACACUAAGAUAACGCUAUCGGGUUUGUUGAAUUUCAUUGAUGGAUUGUGGUCCAAUUGUGGGGAUGAAAGAAUUAUUGUAUUCACAACCAACCACAAGGAGAAGUUGGAUCCUGCUCUGUUAAGACCUGGUCGAAUGGAUAUGCAUAUUCAUAUGUCCUAUUGUACUAAUCAGAGUUUCAAGAUUCUGGCUUUCAACUACUUGGGUGUAUCUGAUCAUAGAUUAUUCGGAGAGAUUGAAAGCCUAAUCAAGAAUGUAGAGGUGACCCCUGCUGAAGUUGCAGAGGAACUGAUGAGGAGUGAGGAUGCUGAUGUUGUCCUUGAGGGAGUGCUUAAUUUGCUCAAGCGAAAAGCUGAUGAAGCCAAUGAAAUCAAGGAGGAGAAGAGUCCUAGCACCCCUGAAGCCGAUGACAAGGACGAGAUUGAGGAAGAAAAGGUUGACGAAAGUCAGAUUCAAGAACCUAAAAGAUUGAGAACUGAAGUGUUGGUACGUACUUUUAGAAACCAAAGGAGAGGUAGAAUGAUAAUAGGAAGACCGAAUAGAGGACGAAGAGGAGGAGGGCGUUGGUAAGGGAAAAGUAAAAUCGAAUGAUACAGGUAUUAUACUAGUGAUGGUUAAUGUGUAAACCGCUUGCACUUUUUUCUUGUUUUUUUGAUCAAAUAGAAGUGCGUUGCGUCGUAAGAGUAAAUAAAUUUCUUAACAUUGGAGAACCCGGACAAUGUAAUGCAGAUGUUAAUGUAACAAGUUCUCGGGAGCUUUCAUGGUUCUAAA